UGCCCUUCCCUCUUCCUUGGAAUUCUUGUUUCCUUCAUCUAAUUAUAUGUUCUCUGCUUAUUUGUAAUGUUUAUUUUUUUUUGGGUGGUGAGUAUUUUGAUGAAUAAAUGUGGAAUUUAAUGUUCUGAAACUCUGAGGUGUCGGUUCAUGGUUAUUUCAUGAUUUCAUGAACUUAAAUUUUCUCUGUCUUGAUCUGACUGCCCUUAGAUAUUCAUUUAAUGCUGUUCGUUAAUGAAAUUAAAGCAGAAAAGGGUGAAGAAAGGAAAAAAAAGCUUUGGGGGUUGUUGCAAAUACUUACAAUUGACAUUGAAGCUGGGUUUGGGUUUUGUGCUUGAAGGGUUUUGAGUUUGGUUUCUCUGAGGAUUCGUUGAAGGUGCUUCUGAUGGAGACGAUGAGCGACGAAGAAUCAAAAUCAAAGAUGGAAGAGUAUGAAGUGAUUGAGCAGAUUGGAAGGGGAGCUUUUGGGGCGGCAUUUCUCGUCCUCCACAAGACUCAGAAAAAAAGGUACGUUUUAAAGAAGAUCCGUUUGGCUAAGCAAACGGAGAAGUUCAAGCGCACAGCUCAUCAAGAGAUGGACUUGAUCUCAAAACUGAAAAACCCAUACAUCGUGGAGUAUAAAGAUGCUUGGGUGGAAAAGGAAUGCUGUGUUUGCAUAGUGACAAGCUACUGUGAAGCUGGAGACAUGGCUGAGAUGAUAAAGAAAGCUAGAGAAAAAUUUUUCCCUGAGAAGAAGCUCUGCAAAUGGCUGACCCAGUUGUUGCUUGCCGUGGACUAUCUGCACUCCAACAGGGUCCUCCACAGGGAUCUGAAGUGCUCCAACAUAUUUCUAACAAAAGACAAUGACAUCCGCCUCGGUGACUUUGGACUUGCGAAAUUGCUGAGUGCAGAUGACCUUGCUUCCUCGGUUGUGGGAACUCCAAACUACAUGUGCCCUGAGCUCCUUGCAGAUAUUCCUUAUGGCUACAAGUCAGAUAUUUGGUCACUAGGUUGCUGUAUGUUUGAAAUUGCUGCACAUCAGCCUGCAUUCAGGGCUCCUGAUAUGGCUGGAUUAAUCAACAAGAUAAACAGAUCCUCCAUUUCCCCACUCCCUCCUGUGUACUCCUCUACAUUGAAACGGUUAAUCAAGAGCAUGCUGAGAAAGAACCCAGAACAUAGACCAACCGCUGCAGAGCUGUUGAGGCAUCCCCACUUGCAACCAUAUCUGACUGAAUGCUGUGACCCGUCUCCUGUUUUUCUUCCUGUAAAAACUGCAAAUAACUCGGGGGAUAAACCAACUCAAAACCAAUCUUCUAGUAGGUCUAAUGCUGGAAAGGACGGCAAAGGCAGAGAGUCCAAAAAAGAUGCACCAAGAGAGAUGAUAAGUAUUAGGGAGAUUGUCGCAAACACUGAUGUCUGGCAAAGAAAUCUACAAGACAUAGAUAACACAGACACCAGAAAGGUUGACCCUACAAGCUGUCCUGAGGAAAAAUCUCACAACAAUGGGAGUCUGCAAGGAGGUAGUAGUGACAGUGAGAUGACUGCACAUAGUGGAGAUCAAGUCAAUGCCAAAUGUUUCCAACAAAUGGAAACCACUGACACAGAAAGCACCUCACUGAGUACAGCAAUUAGUAAUAAAAAAGAUGAACACUGGGAGGAUCCCUCUCCCGGACAUUCCCUGUUAGCAGAAGACGUUGAUAUGAAGACAAAGGGAGUUAUCACGGAGGAUGCAUCGACACAAUGUGCCUCAGAGAAUCUUGGGCUGGAGCAUAUAGAGGGUGAGGAUACAAAACCAAAUAACAUGCCCAGAGGAGCAUCAUCCAUUGCAGUUUCUAUAGGUCCAGUUGCAUCUCAAGAUGACGAAACAUUAUCAUCAGCUAGGGAAAAUGUUAGCCAUAACACAGACGUAGCAACACAUAUCUGCUCUUUGAAGCAAGUGGAAAAACUUGACCACUCUCCACCGUGUGCUCCCCCAGACUUCACGUCAUCGGGUAGCACAUUCAGUGAGGAUGAUGCAGGGCCAAAGCCAGUGAAACAUGUCCACCAUGAGAAAGAAGGAAAUGGUAUCAUCCAUGAAAUAAAUUGGGUUACCAACGACAUGUCGCUGAUGAGUACAUUAACUGCUCCAAAUGGUGAUGAUACAAAGGCUGAGUUGGAUAAUCACAGCCGGCAAAGAGCUGAUGCUCUUGAGUCCCUGUUAGAGCUAUGUGCCCAAUUACUUAAACAGGAUAGGAUUGAGGAACUUGCGGGCGUGCUGAGACCAUUUGGAGGAGAAGUUGUAUCAUCCAGAGAAACAGCAAUUUGGUUGACAAAGAGCCUAAUGACUGCACAGAAAUUUAGUGGGGCAACCUAUAACCCAAAGCCUGAUACCUGAGACUGUACUUUAAUAUAUGUAUCAGUGCCGCCACACACAAUAGAUUUUGGAUUUUUGAAUUAGACAACUAUUACCUGCAAUGUAUCCCACAUUUUCACCCCAACCCAGAGCUGGUUUGUUGUAAUUUGUAAAGUUCUUUGUGUUGUAUUUUCUGUUGAUUUGGAGG